UUCCUGGGAAACGAAAUGUUGCGUAAAACCCGGAGUGCAACACCUAAUGUCCCGCCGCGUCAUGUUUCCGGGAUUUCCGGCAUACAUCUGUUGCCGUACAAUAUCGAUUUCGUGCGAGGUUCCUGGUGGCCUAAUUUGGAAGAUUUGUGGCAGCAGAACAUUCCCGUAUUUCGGUACACACAGAAGCCAGGGGACAUUGUUUGGGUGGGUAGCGGGGUUGUGCACUGGAUUCAAGCAACGGGAUGGUGCAACAGCAUUUCGUGGAACGUCGGUCCGCUGACCAGUUUCCAGUAUUCGGUGGCAUUACACCGCUACGAAUGGAACCGGUUCAUCUCGUACAAGUCGGCAGUGCCUUUGAUUCACCUCACAUGGCAGUUAGCUCAAAACAUACGAUUCGCCGAUGCGCGUUUGUUCGACCUACUGAAGCAAACGUUGGCACGCUCCCUCGUCUAUUGUCAGCUGUCGAUCAACUUCGUCACCGGCAAGUUCAACAAGGAGUUGAAGCACAGUUCGCGAACGCUGGGCGAGGUCGCUCACUACUGUCGAAUCUGUGAGGCAGAGGUUUUCAACGUGCUCUUCGUGACAGAAAACGAAGGAAAGUACAUGGUGCAUUGUUUGCACUGUGCGCUGCGCAUCGACGCUCAGCUGAAAUCGUUUACAGUCUUGAUUCAGUACCUGAUGGACGAACUGGCUGUCAUAUACAAUGAAUUCGUCUUAAUCCCGGUAAGAGCAAAGUUGUAG